GGGUAGAUUCAUAUUGUUUUUAUACCAACAUUUUAUACCAUUCAAAAAGCCAUUCAAGCUGACAUUAUUUUAAAAUUUAAUUUCGAUUCGACCAACGGCUGCUGAUUCGGUGAUUGUCUGCAGUUUAUUUUUUGUGUGCCGAUUUUGAUUUGAUUUUAUGUAUUUUUGAUAAUUUGUUUGUUAAUUUCGAAAAAGCACAAUGCCUUUAACGAGAGCUAAUAAAGUAAAUGAGAACGAUGGCAUUGCCAAUAAUAACGCCAAGAGGAUAGUGACCCGAAGUAAAUCAACAGCACCGAAUGGCGGACGACUGGCUCUUGGAGAAGUUAGUAACAAUCUUGUGAAAGCUGAACCAAGUACCCGACCAGACACUGCACUGAAGCCUUUAGUGAACUUGAAGGACGUCAAACCAAAGGUCGACUCGUAUUGGAAGAAAAAUGAAGCUCCCACAGCCAAGCGCAGCAAUUCACAGCUUUCACCGCCGAAAUUGGUAACAACCAAAUCCGUUAGAUUUGCCAAGGCCGAGGUUCCUCAGCUGGUCACGAUCAAGCCUAACGCUGCUCAGACAAAGAAAACUGAUGCGGCCAUACCCAACAGACCAAUCAGACGGCAAGAGAGCAUUCUCAGUAGAGUUCAAUCGUUGCGAAAUGCAAUAGCUCAAUCAUCAAAAGCCGUUUCAUCUCCGGCAUCGCGAUCAUCGCAAAAGUACGAUGAGACAAUGGCACAUUCGUCCGACAUGCUCGCGCACGGUGUGGACGACAUCGACAAAAACGAUGCAGGAAACCUGAAUCUCGAAUCGGAAUAUGUGAAGGACAUCUACAACUACCUGCAUCAUUUGGAAAAGAAGUUUGCCAUUCCCGAAAACUACUUGAGCGCUCAACGGGAAGUAACGCCCAAGAUGCGAACGGUCUUGAUCGACUGGUUGAACGAGGUUCACCUUCAAUUCCAUCUGUUCACGGAAACGUACUAUUUGACGGUGGGAAUCAUUGAUCGCUAUUUGAACGAGUAUACAGUGACGUCAAGAAAGAAUCUGCAAUUGGUUGGCGUGGCUGCUAUGUUCCUGGCAUGCAAAUACGAAGAAAUGUAUCCGCCGAUGCUGAAAGAUUUCGUUUUCAUCACCGAUGACACAUACUCCGCCUCACAAAUUAUGACCAUGGAACAGCACAUUUUACGGAAACUUGACUUCGAUUUGAGCGCACCGUCAGUCAUUCAUUUCGCUCGACGGUUUUCCAAAGCGGCCAACAUCAGUCAACUGGAGCACACAAUGUCCAAAUAUUUUAUUGAAUUAGCCAGCAUCGACUAUUCGAUGGUACAAUACAGACCGUCGAUAAUUGCUGCUUCUGCUGUUUUCAUGACAUUGAAAUUGCGAUCGCCGCAUUUAAGCAAUGACAAACUCUGGUCAGCAAAUAUGCAAUUCUAUACGAAAUACAAGUUGGCCGAAUUACGUCCGGUUAUCAGCAGUCUGGCAAAGAUUGUGUUGAAUGCUCCGAAGGCGAAAGAGAAGGCCGUUGUCACCAAAUUCAGCACCAAAUCGUACGAAAAAGUUUCUGUGCGUCCAGAGAUCUACGGUCCUGUUAUGGCAAGCUUUUGCAGUUUCGGGAGCGAUUAGCUCUCAAAUAUUUUUUUUUGUGUGUGCGAUGUGAGUAAACGACUCCGUUAUUUGUAAAACUUAAUCUAAUUCUAAAAUUAAAACUUUUUUGUAUUUUAUGCCCCCCAAACGAAAAA